AUGGAGAGCUGUGAAAUGAGGGGCUUCCUCUGGAAAUUUAGCUUGCUCUUCCCUCUGCUGACGGCAUGCCCGGCAGGCUGCAGUCACGUCUCCAGCAACCAAGUUGUGUUGCUUGAUACGACCACUGCAAUUGGAGAGCUAGGAUGGAAAACCUAUCCUCUAAAUGGGUGGGAUGCCAUAACAGAAAUGGAUGAAUAUAAUCGCCCCAUCCACACUUACCAGGUAUGUAAUGUUAUGGAACCGAACCAAAACAACUGGCUUCGUACAAAUUGGAUCUCUCGUGAUGCAGCCCAGAAAAUUUAUGUGGAAAUGAAGUUUACACUGAGGGACUGCAACAGCAUUCCAUGGGUACUGGGAACAUGCAAAGAAACAUUUAAUCUCUACUACCUGGAAUCAGAUGAAUCCCACGGAAUUAAAUUCAAACCAAAUCAAUACAGUAAAAUUGAUACUAUUGCAGCUGAUGAAAGUUUUACUCAGAUGGAUUUGGGUGACCGCAUCCUUAAACUGAACACAGAAGUUCGUGAGGUGGGACCAAUAAACAGGAAAGGAUUUUUUCUUGCUUUUCAAGACAUUGGUGCGUGCAUUGCUUUGGUCUCUGUCCGUGUUUACUACAAAAAGUGCCCUUCCACUGUUCGGAACUUGGCUAUGUUUCCUGAUACUAUUCCAAGGGUUGAUUCUUCCUCUUUAGUGGAAGUACGAGGUUCCUGUGUGAAGAGUGCUGAAGAGCGAGACACUCCAAAAUUAUAUUGUGGAGCAGAUGGGGAUUGGCUUGUGCCUCUAGGACGAUGCAUCUGUAGUGUUGGAUAUGAAGAAGUUGAUGGUUCCUGCCAUGCUUGCAGGUCAGGAUUCUAUAAAGCAUUUGCUGGAAAUAUAAAAUGCUCCAAGUGCCCUCCACACAGUCAGACUUUCAUAGAAGCAACAUCUGUAUGUCAGUGUGAAAAAGGUUACUUUCGGGCUGAGAAGGAUCCACCAACUAUGGCAUGUACCCGACCCCCUUCUGCUCCAAGGAAUGUUAUUUUUAACAUAAAUGAAACAGCUCUGAUGUUGGAAUGGAGCCCACCAAGUGACACUGGAGGGAGAAAAGACCUCACUUACAGUGUUAUUUGUAAGAAAUGUGGAUCUGACACCAGCCAGUGUGAAAUUUGUGGAGGAGGGAUCCGCUUCAUUCCAAGACACACUGGUUUAAUUAAUUCCUCAGUGACUGUGCUUGAUUUUGUUUCCCAUGUGAACUACACUUUUGAAAUAGAAGCCAUGAAUGGAGUCUCAGAAUUAAGUUUUUCACCCAAACAGUUCACAGCUAUCACAGUUACCACAGAUCAAGAUGCACCAUCCUUGAUAGGUAUGGUCAGAAAGGACUGGGCUUCCCAAAACAGCAUUGCCCUCUCAUGGCAAGAGCCCGAUUUUCCUAAUGGAGCCAUUCUGGACUACGAGAUCAAGUACUAUGAGAAAGAGCAUGAGCAGCUCAGCUAUUCCUCCACAAGGUCAAAAGCUCCAAGUGUUAUUGUCACAGGCCUCAAACCAGCAACCAAGUAUAUAUUUCAUAUCAGAGUCAGGACCGCAACAGGAUACAGUGGUUAUACCCAGAAGUUUGAAUUUGAAACUGGAGAUGAAACCUCAGAUAUAGCAGCAGAACAGGGGCAGAUUCUGGUCAUCGCCACUGCUGCUGUUGGUGGAUUCACUCUUCUAGUCAUCCUCACUCUGUUCUUCCUCAUCACUGGAAGGUGCCAGUGGUAUAUAAAAGCAAAAAUGAAGUCUGAAGAAAAACGAAGAGCUCAUUUGCAAAAUGGACAUUUGCGAUUUCCAGGAACCAAAACAUAUAUUGAUCCAGACACGUAUGAAGACCCAUCACUCGCUGUCCAUGAGUUUGCAAAGGAGAUAGAUCCUUCACGAAUUCGUAUUGAGAGAGUUAUUGGGGCAGGUGAAUUUGGAGAAGUGUGCAGCGGUCGCCUGAAGACUCCUGGGAAAAGGGAGAUUCCUGUUGCCAUAAAAACAUUGAAAGGGGGUUAUGUGGACAGACAGAGACGAGAUUUCCUACGAGAAGCUAGUAUCAUGGGACAGUUUGACCACCCAAAUAUCAUCCGCCUUGAAGGAGUAGUUACAAAAAGAGCCUUCCCAACCAUUGGGGUGAAGUCUCUUUGCCCAAGAUUCCUGAGGGAAGGAUUUUUAAAUAACAUUCCAGCCCCACAUCCUUUAUCAGGGAGAGGAUCUUUGCCCCCCAGGAUAUUCUCCGGCAGACCAGUAAUGAUUGUGGUUGAAUACAUGGAAAAUGGAUCCCUUGACUCCUUUCUACGGAAACAUGAUGGCCAUUUUACAGUCAUCCAACUGGUAGGCAUGCUACGUGGGAUUGCUUCUGGCAUGAAAUAUCUCUCAGACAUGGGCUAUGUACAUCGAGAUUUGGCAGCUCGGAAUAUUUUGGUCAACAGUAACCUCAUGUGUAAGGUGUCUGAUUUUGGAUUAUCCCGUGUGUUAGAAGAUGACCCUGAAGCAGCUUAUACGACAAGUGGUGGAAAAAUCCCCAUAAGAUGGACAGCUCCUGAAGCUAUAGCCUACAGGAAGUUCUCUUCAGCAAGCGAUACGUGGAGUUAUGGGAUUGUCAUGUGGGAAGUUAUGUCCUAUGGGGAAAGGCCAUAUUGGGAGAUGUCUAACCAAGAUGUCAUACUGUCCAUAGAGGAAGGUUACAGGCUUCCGGCUCCCAUGGGCUGCCCCGCUUCUCUUCAUCAACUCAUGCUUCAUUGCUGGCAAAAAGAAAGAAACCACCGGCCAAAGUUCACAGACAUUGUCAGCUUCCUAGACAAACUGAUACGCAACCCCAGCUCUCUUCAUACUCUUGUGGAGGAUAUACUUGUAAUGCCAGAUUCACCUGGUGAAGUCCCUGAAUACCCUUUCUUUGUAUCAGUCAGUGAUUGGCUGGACUCAAUAAAAAUGGGCCAAUACAAAAAUAACUUCAUGGCAGCAGGGUAUACAUCUAUGGAUCUUGUUUCAAGAAUGAAUAUUGAUGACAUUAGAAGAAUUGGUGUUGUACUUAUUGGACACCAGAGACGAAUAGUGAGCAGUUUACAGACUUUGCGAUUACACAUGAUGCACAUACAAGAAAAAGGAUUUCAUGUAUGA